CAAAACUUACUCAGCGGGUUCAACAUAUCCCUCAAAACUCCUUUUCUCUCCCUCAUUUCAAUGGCGAAUUCAGACGAAGAUGCGAAAUCAGACGGCCUUGAAAUUUUAUCCAUUGGAGUUCUCUAUUCAGGACCGUGGGACAAGAAGUACUGGAGCUCCUCUAGGGGGAAAGACAGGUAUCCAUAUCCAGUUGGUUACCAAGCUCGUCGAACUCACAAAGCACUCACUUAUAAGUUGGAAAUCUUUGAGGGUUCAAAAGGGCCCAUAUUUCAAAUUACCUCCAAUGACAAACAAUUUGGUUCCGGAGACACACCCGAUAGAGCAUGUGAGAACUUUCAGAGGAAAUGUUCUCGUAUCAAGCUUUGGCAUGGGAAGAGAUUUUCUGGGAAGUUGGAUGGUGUAGAGUUUUUCGGAUUUAAAAAUGCAUUGGUCCAGAGAUUACUCCGGGAGUUGGUAGCCACUGUAAAUGAUGCUUCAGAUCGCAGUUCAGCUUUUAACAACACUUUAGAAGCUUCAUCAAAAGUUCAUGACUUAGAGGUCAAUGUGACACAUAAAGAUCUUAAUUUGAGUUCAGAUUGUGAGAAAACUGUUGUAAUAACUAAGAGAAGCAGAACCGACAUAGGGCUAGUUAAAAAGUCAGCUUGUUGGAGUACCCAUGAAAGAAGUCAAACUCCAGAUCAAGUUGAUGAAGUCAAGGUUCUAAAUUCUGUGCCUGUGAAGAUGGAUAUAGAUGGACAAAAUGUACCAUCACCAGUUCAUGAGCUGUCUGUAAAGUCUCAUGAAGUUCUUGCUUAUUCAAAAGCAGAACCUUGUUUAAUUCAAGUGCAAAGCGAGCUUCCUUGUGUGGGAAUAUGUGCAGCGGCUUCCUCACGUGGUGUAGACAUGCCUCAAGAAGAAACAGUUCUUGACAGUCAAAGUGCUGAUGUGCAAGGAGUUGAUUCGCCUGUAGCAACAGGAGUAAAUGAGAAGAUUCAAGUUUUACCUGACCUGCUAGAAUCCAGGUCUCCAGUUCUGAGAGAUCCCCAAGUCCAUCAUUUUGGUGCUCUAUGUGUGCCUGAUACCUAUGAUUCUCAGCAAGAUAUCACUUGUGCUACAAAUUUUGACGACCUCAGGGGAGAACAGCUCAUAACUAGAGAUGAACCGGUUGCUGAUUUGGUGUUUUCUGAGGAGACAAAAACAGAAUCACAUUCAGAGGAAAAAAGUUAUUACUUGAAGGGAGAUUCUGGAAAAAGUGAUUUUGAUUCUGUUGAUGAAGAUGUAACUAAUUCAAUGAUAGCGAUUCUACUUCCACGAGCAAUUCCAUUUCUUACAUAUUCAUCACGGAAAAAAAGGAGGAUAACUAAACAGACAAAAGAUAUUUCUUGCACGCCAAAAUCAGAUUAUAUUGUAAAUGGAGCAAUUCCAUCUGCUAAAGUCAAACCUUCUGAUGGAUGUUCUAGUUCAGACAGACAAACAAAGGCUGAUCAUCUGAGAGUAACUGGUCUUUUGGAUGCGGAAAGUUUCAGAUACGUUGUUCCAGACAGUUUAGAUAAUGACCAUUUUGUUGGUAAUGAGCUACCACCUUCUGAUAAUGCUCAAUCAGUUGCAGCUGAUUUGCAGGAGUUGCAGGAACCUAAACAAAAAGGUUCAUUUCUGGUAUUUGAUGCAACUGAUUCAUUUGCUUGCCAAAAUAAGACCACUGAAUCUAAGAAAACUUUCUCUCAUGAAGAAAUGCAGAAAGAUUCUGAUGAGAUGUCUCAAAAUAAUGAUGUUUAUGCACUUCAUCCUGCCACACCCUGCCCAUCAGCUGUUCCAUUAGACCCUUUGGUCAAAUCAGAAAAUCAGUGUUCAAUUAGUGCAGAUGUAAACUAUAAACCCAUUCAGCAUUUCUCCAAGAACUCAGAUCUAGGAAUUGUACCUGAUUGCGAAGAUAAAGUCGACAAUGAAGCUAGAGGGCCUGAGUUCAUUCCUGCAUCUGGAAAGCAAGAAUCUUUUCCUGAAAGUACAGAGUCAGAGAUGCAAAAAUAUGGUGCUCCUCUGUCAGAGAGCAUAAUUUGCAGGAGCAUUGAGGACCAAUGUGUUACUGAAAUAUGUAACGGGUCUAGGAAUUCAGAAAUACCUACUCCUUGCCAAGCUGUUGCAAAUGGUGAUAGUGACAGCUCUAAAGCUUUAUUUAAUGGAGGUUGGCUUGAAGGACAGAUUUCUAAUUUACAGAAUCAAAAUGUGGAAGAUGCUUUGGUUCAGAACCAUGUAUUACAUGACCAAAAAUCAAGUGUUACUGGGAAAAAGAAAGAUAUGAAAAUAAUUGGUGGUCGCAAUUUGUGUGUGGCACAUCCUGACGGUUUCAUUGACAAUGAUAAGAUAGGGAUUCUGCAUUCUGACUCAAUGUAUCAGAUACCAGACCAGGGAAGAGCUACUUCUCAAACUUGUGCGUCCCAUAUCGAGGAAGACAAAGUUGAAAUCAAUUCCAAUUGUUUGGGAGAAAAUGAUUUGAAUGAUGAAAUAAAAGACACUAUGAAAUUCAUUGGUUGCUAUUCUCUUCCAAUGCGAAUUUCAUCUAUAACGUUGACCAAAAAUUCUGAUGAUAUCUACAUUUGUGUUUCAUGUGGACUUUUAGAAGAUAGAAAGAGGGAUUUGUUUCUAUACAAGCUAUCUGCUGAAGAAAAUUGUCUGGGUAAUCCUUGUAUAGUUGGAUAUACGUCUAUGAGCUUACCUGCCUUGAAAGAUGAAUUUGGUAGAGAAAUUGCAUGUGAUAAAUCUACAUUGCAAUUUACACCAGAUGCCAGUGGCCUUGUUUUAGUAGAUUCAAUCAGGAUGCCUUAUUGCAGGGAGAAAGUUCUUCAUUGCUUGUGUCCACAGUGUGAAUCUUGCUGCUUUGAGGAGAAUGCUGUAAAGAUUGUACAGAUUAAACCAGGCUACGUCUCCCUUAUCAAGAAGCUAAAUACUCUUUACCCAGUUCAUAGUGUAUUAGUUUGUGAACCUGAUCAUCUGAUUGCUUUGGACGAGAGUGGAAGAAUCUACAUAUGGAUUAUGAAUUCAGCCUGGAGUGUACAAACAGAGGUAUUCGUAAUACCAAGCUAUGACUUUCUCCCAUCUCGCAUUGUAGAGUUAAAGAGAAUGCCUAAAUCAGCCUCUAUGGUGGUUGGGCAUAAUGGAUACGGAGAAUUUAGUUUAUGGGAAUCAUCAUCCAACACAAAAUUGGUUGUUAAAUUAUUUGUUUUUGUUUUGGAUUUGGCAAGGGAUAUCAUCAAGCGCUCCGUUAUAUCUCGAUUUUCUGCUGCUGCAAGUUCAGUUCUUGAUUUCCAACCAAUAAGUUUGUUUAGUUGGCCAACUAAGGGCAUCUCUCACGACAAAGAUGUUAUGAAGGGAUGUGUGAGAAAACUUGAGGAAGCAACUAUGAUGUGGUUCUCAAGAAACACUGGAGCUAAUAUCUCAUACCCAAGGGAAGGGGAAGAUAUCGCUGUCUGGCUUCUUAUCCGCACAUCAUCAGAAUCUGAUGGUCAAUCUACUUGUUACUCGCACAAUUGCCAUUUUGAUUCUGAUGGAUGUUGGCGGCCUGGGUUGUUGAUUAAGAAUACAGUGAUCUUAGGCUCUGCUCUUUAUACAAGCACUACUGCUGUUGGUGCAUCAUCUGGCUCUGGCAUUAUUGGUACCCAAGAAGGACGAGUAUAUGUUUGGGAAUUGAUUACGGGAAGAAAACUUGGAGCAUUACAUGACCUUGAAGGCAAUGAGGUCUUGCAUAUCAGUACUGAUCAUUUCACAUCAUCAGUUGUGGCCAUAGCUGGGGACCGUCAACUGUGCGUUUAUCUUCACAAAUGAGUGCUACAUUUGUAGCUUGCUACAACUGUUUCCUUGUGCAAACGGCUGGACAGAUUUUAUAAUUUGAUAAUGCUACUCCUAGUUCUUCUGUCCUAACUGAUAGCGCGUAAAGCUAGUGCAAUUGUCCAUGGCUGCUUGCUGUUCACUUGCCAAAUCAUAAAUUCUUUUGAGGAAGAAAGACACACCAACUGUAUGAAUGGUCUGCUACGAUGGGUAUUAUCCUGAAACAAAUGACAGGAACUUGCCAAACUAAUUUGUGAUCAGGUAUCAGUUUAUAUUGAUGGGCAAAAGAAAGAUACAUAGUUUCAAUGAUCUCAAAAAUUCAUUUUGUGGAGCUCAGCAAACAAUAUGGUUUCUAUAUGUAUCUCAGCAUAUCAUUUUGUAAAUUCUUUUCUUUUGGGAAUUCUUUCCUUGUAAAUACUGCAAAGUGCAUCACUACGAUGACCUCAGUUAUGGGCAUAUAUACGAAGUUUUAAUGGUUUAAAUUUACAAUAGUUGAUACAUAUAUUCUUGCUGUAAGAAAGUGGCCUUCCUGGUAAAUGGAGUUACAAAUGUCUGAUCAAUGUACAAGAUUAUUCGAUUAAACAACUAAACUACUCAUCAGAUAGCUACUGGCGUAACGCCUUGAAAUUUUUCCAAGUCCUACUGAUUCAAAGGAUAU